CAUGCAAAGCUCAUUGACAAGACAAAGCUCUCAGCAAGCUACCUUUCCACCUCAGUCUCCUCAGAAAGACACUCCUCCUGGGAAGGCUGGCCGGCCAGAGUAGAGAGCCAUGGCUGAGGACAUAAGCAAGAGAGACUCCAUUAAGAUGAGUAUAAAGGGUUGCCAGACGAAUAACGGAUUUGUUCAAAAUGAAGACAUCCCAGAGCUGGACCCGGAUCCUGGCAGCUCUGGCGACAGCCCGCCGCACAAGGCGGUGGACAUCCAGGAUUCAGAUGAGUCUGGCAUCAUGAGCGUCCGGCCCUUUGCUGGGAUGCCCAAGGAGGUGCUGUUCCAGUUCUCCGGCCAAGCCCGCUACCGCGUGCCCCGGGAGAUCCUCUUCUGGCUCACCUUGGCUUCUGUGCUCCUGCUGGUUGCAAUCACCAUAGCCAUCAUCGCCAUCUCUCCCAAGUGCCUGGACUGGUGGCAGGCUGGGCCCAUGUACCAGAUCUACCCGAGGUCUUUCAAGGACAGCGACAUGGAUGGGAAUGGAGACCUGAAAGGUAUUCAAGAUAAACUGGACUAUAUCAGUACUUUAAAUAUAAAAACUGUUUGGCUUACUUCCUUUUAUAAAUCAUCACUUAAAGAUUUUAGAUAUGCAAUUGAAGAUUUCCAAGAAAUUGAUCCUAUUUUUGGAACAAUGACAGAUUUUGAGAACCUGAUUGUGGCCAUCCAUGAUAGAGGUUUAAAAUUAAUAAUUGAUUUCAUCCCAAACCAUACCAGUGAUAAACAUGCUUGGUUUCAGUUGAGUAAGAACCGGACUGGGAAAUAUACUGACUAUUACAUCUGGCAAGACUGUAUUCAUGAAAAUGGCAUCACCACACCACCAAACAACUGGUUGAGUGUAUAUGGAAACUCCAGUUGGCACUUUGAUGAAGUACGAAAGCAAUGCUAUUAUCACCAAUUUCUGAAAGAGCAACCUGAUUUAAAUUUCCGAAAUCCUGAUGUUCUAGAAGAAAUAAAAGAAAUAAUGAAGUUCUGGCUUGCAAAGGGUGUUGAUGGCUUUAGUUUUGAUGCUGUUAAAUUUCUUCUGGAAGCAAAGCAUCUGAGAGAUGAAAUCCAAGUAAAUAAAUCUCAAACUACGGACACAGUCACCCAUUACUCAGAGUUGUACCAUGACUUCACCACCACACAAGUGGGAAUGCAUGAAAUCGUCCAGAGCUUCCGGCAGACCAUGGACCAGUACAGCAGGGAGCCUGGCAGAUACAGGUUCAUGGGGACUGAAGCCUAUGCAGAGAGCAUUGACAGAACCAUGAUGUACUAUGGCCUGCCAUUUAUCUAUGAAGCUGAUUUUCCUUUCAACAGUUAUCUUAACACAUUAGACACGCUUUCUGGGAACACAGUGUAUGAGGUUAUCACAUCCUGGAUGGAAAAUAUGCCAGAAGGAAAAUGGCCUAAUUGGAUGACUGGUGGACCAGAGACUACUCGACUGACUUCUCGCUUUGGGAGCCAAUAUGUCAAUACCAUGAAUAUGCUCCUUUUUACACUCCCUGGAACUCCCAUAACUUAUUAUGGAGAAGAAAUAGGAAUGGGAAACAUUUUAGCCACCGAUCUCAAUGAAAUUUAUGAUACUAAUACCCUUUUUUCAAAGUCACCAAUGCAGUGGGACAAUAGUUCAAAUGCUGGGUUUUCUGAAGGCAAUCAUACCUGGUUACCUACCAAUUCAGAUUACCACACUGUGAAUGUUGAUGUCCAGAAAAUGCAGCCCGGUUCAGCUUUAAAAUUAUAUCAAGAUUUAAGUUUCCUUCAUGUCAAUGAGCUGCUUCUCAGCAGGGGCUGGUUUUGUCUUUUGAGCAAUGACAGCCACUUUGUCAUUUACACAAGAGAACUGGAUGGCAUAGACAGAAUCUUUAUCGUGCUUCUGAAUUUUGGAGAAUCAUCAACACAACUAAAUCUACAGGAGAUGAUUUCAGGUCUUCCUACAAAACUGAAAAUAAAAUUAAGUACCAAUUCUGCCUCCAAAGGCAGUGAAAUUGAUACGAGGAGUAUUCUUCUGGAGAAGGGAGAUGGCAUCAUCUUGGAAUACAAGACAAACAAUCUCUUUCACUAUCGAACAGCUUUCAGGGACAAGUGUUUUGUUUCCAACCAUGCAUGCUAUUCCAGUACCUUAAACAUACUGUACAAGCUAUGUUAGGACCUCUAUGCGAGGGUAAUAUUGGCCAUGGUUUAUGUUUUUAUUUCCUGUACAGCAUACUGCUAUAUGAAUAGUCAUUAAUUCUUAGAUAUAGGUAUUUCUGGCACCUGCAUGUAACUGCUUUCUCAAAUGUUUGAAAGAAUAAAAUGUUUAAAAGAAAA